GGUGAAGUAGUGUUCCUAGUUUACUUUCAGAUACGAUACUUAUGAGAACUGUUAUUGAUUUUAAUAACUUUAUAUAUGAGCAAAAUGAAACGUGCACGUAUAAAGGCUAUGGUUACAGUUCCAACUCGCAGAAAAGCAACACCUGUUGCACCUGUUAAUGAAAUUACUAAUUUAAUUGAGCACAAUGAGAAAGGUAAAAAUAUAUUUAAUGAUAUUUCUAUGACAUCACAACAAAUUUCAGAAAAUAAUUAUCAAGAAAAGCAAAUGCAGGAAAGUUUAGAUGGAGUGAAACAAUUACAAAAUGAACAAUUAGAUGUUGAUUAUCUAAAUAAUGAAUAUACAGAUGAAUCUAUACAAAAUUUUGAAGAAUCAAGAAAAGAGAUUGUACAGCCAUCUGAAAUUGUAUGCACAACACAAACCUCUUCUCCUAUAAAAUUAAUGCAAAAUCGAUUAGGCUUUAUGAAACCAAUACCAAAAUUUGAUAGUGGUGAAAAAGUAAGAAAAAACAGUAUACAAGGAAGUGGAGCAAGUGCAAGUGAAUCUGAAGAUGAUAGUAAAAGAGUAAUUUGCACUAAUACCAAUAAUACAAGAAAUGAUUUAAUACCAUUAAUUCAAACUGCAAAGGAUACUGUGACUAAUAACAUCAAGAAUAAUUUAACAACAUCAAAAGUAGGACAGAAGAGACGUAUUCUAAUUUCAGAAUCUGCAAGAAAACUAGCAGAGGCUAGAAAGGAGUUUCAGUUAAAGCAUGAAAAUAAAACUCCAGAUAGAAGCAAACUUACAAUGUAUGAUUUAAUAUAUUAUAAUCCUGUCACUAAUCCUAUGAAAAAAUCUAAGGAAUCUACAGUGACAACAAGAAAAACUAUAGAAUACCUACCUGAGGAAUUUCAAGAAGAAGAAGAAAAUGAAGAUGAUCCAUCAUCUGCAAUGCCUGUACCUCAAGUAAAAGUUGGACCUAAUGGUCAGUUAAUCAUAGAUGAACAAAGUCUUGUUAUAGAACAAACAAAUGCAAAAAAAAGUAGGGAAGUAUUAUCAAAGGAAGCUAUUAUUGAUGAUGAUAAUAGUGGGAAUGGCUUUUAUAAAAAACGUCAAAAAAGUAAAGAGUGGUCUAAAUUGGAAACAUUAAAAUUUUAUAAAGCAUUAAAUACAGUUGGCACAGAUUUCUUAUUGAUGCAAAGUCUUUUUCCAAAUAGAACAAGGCAAGAAAUUAAAAUAAAAUUUAAGAAAGAAGAAAAAGUAAACAGAAACUUGGUUGAAAAGGCACUUGCAUAUCAUCAAGAAUUUGACACUGAAAUUCUAGAAAAAUCAUUAGCCACGUUCGAAAGUUCAGAAGAAAAAGGGUUCGUUACACAAGAGAAACGAAGACAACAGAAAGGAAAAGACAAAAAGAAUAUAAAAUCAAAGAGAAGACGAAAAUCUAGAAUCGUAGCAUCUAGUAUUGCAGAAAUGGAUAUAUCAGACAAAGAAGAUGAAGAAGAAUAUGGUUUGAACUUAAUGGUACAUAAAGAAAAUACUAAAAUAAAUUGUGAAUACCAAGAAACAUUGAAUAAUGUCGAUAAAAAAAUGUCAAAAGAGAAGAAUAAGCUGUCAGAAAAAUCACUGAUUGAAGUAGAUGAUGUAGAUUCAUUAAGUUCAUACAAUGGUCCCGAUAGUGAUACAGAAGUUUAUAAUGUAAAACCAACAAGAUCUGGAAGAUUUCCAAAAGUAAAGAAAUUGCAAGGGCCAGAUAUAAAUACACUUGAUAAUGAAGAAUUAGAUUGUCUUCAUGGUGAUAAAAUUACAAUGUCACCGGAAGAAAAUGCAAAAGUUGCAGAGAAUUUAUUUUUUGACAAUACUAAUGUUGAUUCAGAAUCUCAUCACACAAAUUCAAUUAAAACAGUCAUACCAAAUAUCGCUGAUGUAGAACCAGGAUCUUUGGUUAUUUUAUCCAAGGAAUCACCAGAGGAACCUGGUAAAAGUGUUUUACAAGUUUACAUGGUUAGUUCCGACGUUAAUUCUCAAGAUAUCGAAAAAUCCAAUAUUACACCUGUAAAUAUAUCACCAGAACUUUUAGCAACGGUAACUGCUAAAUUAUCAAAUGUUGAAUCAGUUCCAGUAAAAAAGCAAUGUGAAUAA